AUGCGCAAACAAAAUAUUUUAUCAUUUACAAGAGAUGAAACUAAAAAGCCAUCUAUUAAUAGAGAAAGACAUGUUAAUCAUUAAAUGGCCAUUAGCAUUGAUUCACCAAAAGAGUUCUAAUUUCUACAUGCCAAAAUUGAAGAUAUCCUAUUUUUAAGACCAUCUGACGUUGCCAAUCAAUAAGGUAAUCUUUUGUUGGGUUAGAAGAUUUGGAAUAAAAAAGAAUUAAAUGGUAUGGCAAGGCAACCCAAUUUGAGUUCCAUAUAAGAUAAAAAAGUCAAUGAAUCUAUUCAAGAAACUGAGGAUCGUGUGAUUAGAUAAAGAUAAACUAAAUGUAGAUUCAAUGAUAAAAUUACUAAUAGAACCUACGAACUUGAACUAAAUGGAAGAUACUUAGAUUAAAAAUGCUCUUUCUAAGACAACUACACUCUCUACUCCAAAUAAUCAUUUAAAUUAUAAACAAGGAUGUUUGAACAAUUCAAAAAUGCAUAGCUUCUCUAAACAAGAGGUAAUCAAUAUGACUGCUUCCUUCAAAAACCUACUUAUUUUAAUUAUACUAAAUAAAUAAAUCAUAGGAGUGCUAAGAGUAAACUCAAUCCACUUAAUAAAACAGAUAUUAAUGUUACUUUGUUUGAUAGUCCAAUCUAAUAUUAGAAUGAGUUGAAUCGUAAAAUUAUUACAAGCUAAAUUCUUUAAUCAAUUCAAUAGCAGAAGAGGAAGAGGACAAUCUCAGAAUAUUGA